CGUGGGUGCGGGGCGCGGGGGUCCAUCGCUAUCAAACGGCGACGCGAUGGUCAGGAAACCGGCAGCGUCAGAACCCCCCAGUCGGGCGCGUGUUUCCUCCAAAGGCUCGAACGAGUCCCCAAGAAGCCGUGACAUCGUUAACCCCUGGUCGAACCAUGAGCAAAUCCCAAAUCCGUCCAAGCUUCCACUUCCCAUCUUUUGUGCAUCCUGGCAUCCAUCACCUAGUCUUGCUUUCCCACCUCACAGGCUCACACCUCCACGUCCGCCGCGCCGCUGCCCCCCUCCCUGUCGCCCUGCCUCAAUCUCAAUUAUCAGAAACCUUUUUUUCCUCUUCCUCCUACUCCCUCCAUCCUCCGGUCCCUCCUCCUCCACUCCCUAUUCGCUUCUCCGGGGACACACUACACACCCAUCUUCUUCUUCCCUUCCAUUCGCUGUCGUGUGGUGGCACAAGUGUUUCUUCUUCAUCUGAAGGGUACUGAGACCGGAGCAAGACAUUUUAUUUCCUUGCCGAUUCUCGCUCGGCUCAAAAGGGGGCCCACGUCCUUCCGGCGCCGCUGCAUUGGACCCGUUUGUUUGCCCGUCUCUCGGAUUCCUCCAAAAAAUACCCCCUUGCUACGGAUAUCAUAUCAGUCUUUCGCUUCCGACUUGCACCGCCCUGUUCUCUCGACCAAGGCCGGCGCGCUA